UUUCUCCCGGUGGCGUGAAACGUCCUUCACACUCGUGGGGCGGGGGAAGUUUGCAUUGAACAGACCCGUGCAGAUCGCGCUCUCCGGGCGCACCGUGACUUUCCCCUCGCUUUGUAUUUCGCUUCCCAGCGCCAUGCGGCUUGUCAUCAGGGGAGCUGCUGGGAACAACGUGUUCUAGAGAGGCGCCUGCUGAAGAAUGUGGAUUUUGCACGGGGGGGAGUUGCAGCUGGUGUCACCCUUCUCCAGAGUUUGCAUGAGUUUGAGAGCUUUCCAAUUGUCCCAUCAUGUAGCCCUGGGGGAAAUUCUGCAGUUGGUGCGUUUGGAGCCUUAGUAAAAUUGUAGAAUUUCUCCAGGACUGAUUCUUGCUCUUCUGGACCUGUGAUAGUAUCCAAAUGUGGAAUUUCCCGUUGAUUUAAAAAGGGGCUCGGCCGCAGGACAGCACGUGUCUUUCGGACGAGCUCGAGAGGCUGCACGCAAGAUGAACCGCGGAGCUCAGCAUACAGGAUGCAAAGGGCCAUCUGUGUGAACCAGGAGGGCCUGAAGAUGUCUGUGUGCAGUCACUUUGUGGAGCACGUUUGGAAACCUGGCUCCUGCAAGAACUGUUUCUGCCCCAAGCGUUCACACCGGCUGCAGGCGUCCCUGGAACCGGAAGCGAGUAACUUGCCCUCACGCAACCUAAAUGGAAUUAGAACCAAAGCGGAGGCUGCACCUCCGGAGGAUGAGUCUGGAGUUGCCUCGCCUUACUCGAAGCCAACGAUUGCCGUGAAGCCAACAAGAAUCAACCCAGAUGUGUCUGACGCAUGGGCGGAUGUGAAUAUGAAUGCAGAUAUCUCGCAGGUCAGCUGGAGAAUGGCGUCUGAAAACCAGCCCCUCGCGAAGCCGGGGGAAGCGCAGCGGACGGGCCUCGACCAUUUCAGCAGCAGUGCUGUGAGGAAACCCUUCCUUCACGCCACACCGAAUGACUGUGUCCCUCCGUGCCGCCAGGGCUGCUCCAGAGGGGGCCUGGAAAGCCGAGGGGAAAGAGCUGUCCCCUUCCGCAGUCUGGCGUUGGAGGGGGGCUGGGAGGACAGAGCUGUGCUUCGGAACAAGGAGAAGUUUGCCUUUCCUCAGAGGGGACUCUGCCAGCCGCCAUCAGCCUUGGCUGACAGCAGCCCUGCUUCCACCCCGGACUCUACCGGCUGGCCACGCCUUGGGCAAGGAGAAGGCACGACGCUGUCGUCGGUGAGCAGCGACGGCCGCAGCUCUCCCGGCACAGAGAGCGAAAGUGGGGAUUACUGUUCAAUUGCACGCUGUAGCAUGGAGAGUCCUGCCCCCUCUCCACAGGGCCGGGUGGCCUGGAGCGACGGCGGGAAGCCAGCCCCGCGGUUCUGGGGGUGGCAGGACGCUGCGGCGAGUCCUCAGGCAAAGGCGAGGGCCGUCCAGCGGUGCGAAGAGGAAGGCAAGCGGUUGGACGUAGACUCUGGUUUUCAAAGGGAACGUUGUUUACGGGACUCUCCUCAAAAGAACGCCCGUCCCCAGCGAAACCCGUUAGCGCUUCUCCCUGGCGCCGCCGCCCUUUCCGACGGCGUGUUGAGCCGCAGUGGGAGCAGCAGCCCGCUCGCUUUGCCUCAGGAGAACGACUACUGUGCUCUUCUUGAGCCAUCGCCUCUCCCCAGAGGCAGCCCCGUGGAAAACGCGAGCGACGUGCCGAGCCCGGCCCCUGCCUCACGACCUGCCCAGCAUGCGCAGCCUGCCCCCGGCGAACCCAUCUAUGCCGAGAGCACCAAGAGGAAAAAGGUGCAGCCCAAUAGUUCCGGUGCGCCGAGCAAGAGAGAGGGCCCGGCACGCAGUCCUCUCAGGGAGCAGGCCUGGAGCCUGUGGAGAGAAGGGCCGCAGGGCCCGAGCAACGGGAGGGAGUACCAGGACCCAGCCACGCAGGUAGCAGCGAAGAUUACCAUUAUGGCAGCGCACACAGAGGAGGAUAACCGGACGAUAUUUCUGAGCAGCCCAGACUCCGCCGUCGGGGUCCAGUGGCCCUGCGCUAGCCCCACCUCUCAUCCAGACUUUGCGAUGCCUUCGCCUUCCUUCGGGCACCGAGAGGGCUCCCAAGCCGGCAGAGAGAUGGGUUCGGGGGAAAGCAGCCCCUGGUUUCACCAGCCAACGCAGACCCAGGGCAUCGCCAAUGAGAGUCCCACUGUUCCCCCAAAGUUGCCCACCAGCAGCCCGUCCGGCAGCGAGGGGGUGCAGGUGCCUUCCGUCAGCUGUCCUGGGACAGAAAUCUGGGGCGGUAACCACCCCAGUGAUGCCAGCACCCAGUUCUCCUCCCAGAACUGCCCCGAACCUGGUCCCUCUGGAGCACCGCCUUCUCUCUGCUCUCCUGCGGAGGAGCCCAGCAGGGGCGCGCCCGGCCCGGCCUAUGAGAGGAGGCAGAAAUACUCGGGUACUGCGUGGAGCAGGCAGUGCCGGAUAGAGGAGGAAGAGGAGGAGGGUCCGGGCUUUUUAACUGGCAUGCAGGCAAGGGAGGCAGAGAACGGAGCAGCUUGUCUCCAGCACGUGGAAGGCUGCUCUGGGCAGGGAAAAAAGCCCGGGAUGAGCAAAUCAGCCUCUUUUGCUUUUGAUUUCCCUAAAGACAGGAGUGAAACUGAGGAAUUUGCACCUCCUCCUCCCCCGCCAAAGAAACAGCCCAGGCACGCUUUGAAAAUGAACAAGAGCAGCUCUGAGCUGGAGAAGGUCAGCAAUGGCUCUGCGGAGAGCCCGCCUUUCCGGGAGAGCCACGUCCGCUUCGUGGCUGGCUCCACAGACAGCCUCAGCUCUGACACCAGGACGGCCAGCGAGGAAGGCUCCACCCAGGACAGGUCUCUGGAUGCGCCUGAGCAGCCGCCGCCUCUGCCACAGAAGAAAACGGUAAGCCGCGCACUCUCGUCGCCCGAUGGCUUUUUCUGGGGCCCUGCCUCUCCGGGCAGAACAGCGAAUCCCUCCAGCCCCAGACUGAACCUCAGUCACUCCGAAAGCAACGUCUGCGUCCGCAGAGACUCCCCGUUCAGCUGCUCCUCUCACGUGGGCGGCAGCCACCCCGCCGCCUCCUCCGAAUCGCUGGAAAAGGCCUGCAAAGGGAACGGCCCGUGGGGUCCAGCGUCCAACCAGAGUGGCCGCGCCCGCCUCCCGAACCGAGCCGGGCAGGCGUUUCCAUCCUCUCCGCUCCUUGCGUCUGGCCCGGUCCCUUCCGUCUCCAGCCUGCAGCUCCACACUCUGCUGCACAAUAUCGACAGCAAGGAGGGGGUGUACGCCAAAUUAGGGGGGCUCUAUGCCGAAUCCCUGCGCCGCCUCGUGGCCAAAUGCGAAGACUGUUUUAUGCGGGAUCAGAAAACCGAGCUGCGUUUCCACGAGAAGAACUGGUCGCUCUUUAAGCUGACGUGCAACAAACCCUGCUGUGUCUCGGGCGAUGCUGUCUAUUACUGCGCCACCUGCGCCAAGGACCCUGCCAGCACCUAUGCCGUGAAGAUUUGCAAAACUCCAGAAUCCAAAGUGUCUGCUUCCUACCACAGCCCCUCUGUGCCGGUUCACUUCAACAUCCAGCAGGACUGUGGGCACUUCGUGGCGUCGGUGCCCUCCAGCAUGUUGCUGUCGGCUGACGUAGCCAACAGCACUCCUCCCUCGGACGGCCCCGGCCUCUCCCGCUCCUCCAGCGAACAGGAUUGCGUUGUCGUCAUCACGCGGGAAGUGCCGCAGCAGACCGCGGCUGACUUCGUGAGGGAGACUGCCGCGUACCAUCAGAGCAAGCCCGAGCUGUACGAGCGGCGGGUGACCUUCCUGCUCCUCCAGCUCUGCCACGGCCUGGAGCAUCUGAAAGACCACAGCAUCAUCCACCGGGACCUGUGUCUGGAGAACUUGCUGCUCGUUCACUGCAAACCUCUCGCCGGCGGCGGGAAAGCCAAAGAGGAAAAGCACUUGCCCAGGCUCAUUGUGAGCAACUUUUUGAAAGCCAAGCAAAAGCCGGGCACCGGGGACUCCAAACUGAAAAAGAACCAGGCCCGGCUGGCCCCGGAGAUCGUCUCUGCCUCUCAGUACAAAAAGUUUGAUGAAUUUCAAACGGGCAUCCUCAUCUACGAGCUUCUCCACCGGCCCAACCCGUUCGAGGUGAGGCCCCAUCUCAGGGAACAGGACUACAGCCGAGAUGACCUCCCCCCACUCCCCUCCCUCUCCAUUUACUCCCGCGGGCUCCAGCAGCUCGCACACUUGUUGUUGGAAGCCGAUCCGAUCAAACGCGUCUGCAUCACGGAGGCCAAGCGGAUGCUGCAGUGUCUGCUCUGGGGUCCCCGGAAAGAUUUAACGGACCAGCCUCGGAACCAUGAAGAAGUGCUCUGUAGUGCUCUCCAGAACUGGAUCGACAUGAAACGGGCCCUGCUGAUGAUGAAGUUUGCAGAGAGGGCGGUGGACACGGAGCGGAGCGUUGAAUUGGAGGAUUGGCUUUGCUGUCAGUAUUUAGCUUCUGCGGACCCUGCUUCCCUCCUCAAUACACUGAAGCUCCUUCAGCUUCUCUGAUCUCAAAAGCAUCGCCAUCCGAAGCAGCAGCAAUAAGGAACGUGAGAGAUUUCCACGGUUGACAUUCACUCAUGAACAAUGGUACAAAUCACUUUCGUGCUUAUAGCAUGUGACUGACUAAGAACCCAGCAGGUGAUCUUUCUCUCCCCACCAAAAAAAAUCUGUAAAUUUCAGGUGGAUUACAUUGCCUUGAAUGCUGUACACUGCAAACAAACAAAAGCGGGUGCCUGCUAUUUUUGGUAUGGUAACUCUGUGGGCAAAUAAAAACUUGUGCACGCGUAUGUUUCUUACAGAG